AAUCUGAUUAGUGAUUCAAUGGCCCGGAUUAAUUCUUCCUAAUACAAAGAAUCAUAGGACAGUCUCCUACUUCAUCCCAAUUACACCAAGGAUCAAAAUCCACAGAAAUGAUGAUGAGAACGUGGGUAGUUCUUUCUUAUCCAAGUGGAAGUCAUUUUGACUGUCUUCGAAAAUCAAAAUUAACCCACCAAAUUAUCUGAUACAGAUUACCCUUCAUUCAAAUUCAAUAAAAAAGAUUCAAAAAACAAGCAAAUCACAAUUUCACAGGGACCCUACCAUGAAAACCCAAAAGGGAAAAGAGCGCCCUACCAUGAAAACUCACCAAGUAGAAGAAGAAAAAGAAAGUGUGACCAAACUGCAGAAGCAGUUCAUGAACUUGCAGCAAGACUGGGAUUCAUACAAACAGUCUAACCCAAGCGGCAAGAGGAGGCAUUCAACCAACUCAUCAAGUUUCACCAUGGUGAAAAAUCUUGAUCAGCUCCUUGACACUUCUCCAAGGCACCUCAUGUCUUCACUUCAACAUGGACUGUCACCUUCCCAAGGAGAAUGGCGAGUGAGGACCAAUGAUUUGGUGGUGGAGGAGAUUAGGAGAGAGAGAAGGGCAGCCAUUGAGAGUGGUAAGUUGAAGGGAAGGAGGCUUUUUGAGGCAGAGGAAUGUGAAACAGAGAUGUGUUUUGGAGGAACAGAAGGGAUAUGGUGCGGUGGGAAUGGUUUGGCGCAAGAGAGUGAGGUGAGAUCAGUGUCUUUUGAUGAUUCUGAUGGUGAUGAUGAUGAUGGCUCUGGUAAGAGCAAAGAGAUUGCAGUUUGCUUUCAGGGUUGUUCUAAAACUUCUUCAUCUUCUUCUUUGUCUGAUGAGGAUGUGGAGAGAGAGGUGGAGAUAGAGGCAAGAAUAAAAUUGGUUAGUGUGGAAGAGAAAAGGGUUGCUAACAAAAAUGAAGGUGGUAAUGGAAGAAGGUGCAUGGCUAUGAUCAUGCCUUGGCUUGCCAUUACUUUACUUGGAUUUGCAAUUUUCUUUAUCAGAGGUUUUGCUGGAUAUCCAAAUGUAGAUGAGGUGGUUCUAGUCCCAACAUGAUAUGCCUCAUUCAUCUUGGUUAGGUAUUGCUUUUUUGCUUCAUCCUCUUCUCCAUGGAGCUUGAUGAACCAAUCUUUUUUUUUUUUCCUUCUCAAUUUUAUGAGUGAAGAUUUGAUAAUCUUUUUGAAGAACAGAGAGCCCUUUAGUGGUGGUUGGAGUGUUAUCUAUCUAUGUAUGUGUAGAGAUAUUUACUCAUAUUCACAAUCAAGAAAAUGGUAGUUUUCCAAAGCAGUGACUCAGCAGAUUUAUCUUAUAAUAGUAAUAAAAAGCUUAUGUAGAAACAUGAAAGCAAGGAGGAAAGAAAAUUUUCUAGAAACUGUUCAAAAGAGGAUGCAUGUAAGACAAGCGUAUAAGAUUUGUCUUUCCAUUUUGAUUAGCAGAUCGUUGCCUGAUAGCAUGACUUGUAUUUUGCAUAUCAAGCAAAUUUGCACA